AUGACGCCAUUCGCGUGGACGGCAUCGCAGACCCUCGAGGCUGUCUACAAUUCUCUGGCUCCACUAUGGGUGGAGCUCUCCUUCCUGUUUUUCUUCUCCAUGGGCUUCUUCUAUCUCCGUGCCGAAAACUUCCGCAAAGGCAAGAAAGCUCCAAAAGUGAAGCACUUCGAGCCGCAGUUCCGCGCUUCGGUGCGCAAGACCCUGGAGGCCGAGGCGGCCGCGGGCAACGCCCAGAAGCUGCUGGAAGCUUGGCGUGCGGAGCAAGCGAAGGCUCCGACGCCCAAGGACCUUUUGAAACCCGUGGUGCAAUCCUUCAUCGAUGCUGAGCCAGAAGCUCUCAUUGAUGAGAUCAUUAACCAUUUGACCAAUCACAAGGACACUUUGGUGAAUUCAUGGUCCGCUACGGUGAUCUUGGAUACGGUGGCUCGUUCCGGCAACGUGGCGGUGAUGAUGGAGUUGUGGGAUGUCUAUCAAAAGAGGCUGUGUUUGACUCGCAGCUGUUCCAUGUAUGAGGUGGUUUUGGGAGGCUUUGCUUCAGCUGGGCAUCCUGAAAAAGUCUCCGAGUUUGAAGCUUUGAUGAAAAAGGAUCGCCUGAAAUUGUCCCCACGGGGCCACUCCUUGAUCAUCAAGGGCUUUUUGAAGAAUGGCUUGGUCGAUGAGGUCUUGAGGCGCAUCGUUGCGAUGACCAAGUCGGGACACGUGGUGCCAGCCUUUGCGGUGGCUCAAUUUCUCCGUGUGGCUUCGGAGCAUGGCCGUGCUGCAGCGAUGUACGAGAAGCUCUUGGAGCACGACAUCACUCUUGGCACAGAAGCAGUCACCGUGAUUUUGGAGGAAUGUGUGAAGACACAUGAUGCAAAGCUGGCAAGGCAAAUUGAGAAGAAUGCACGCAACGCGAAGGUUCCUUUCAAUAUGCAUGGCUAUGAUGCCCUGUUGAAAGCCUAUGCCGAGGAUUGUGAUGUGCAUGCAUUGGACGUCUUCAAAGAGAUGCAAGCGGAAGGUCACACGAUCAGUGAGGGGCUUUGUGUGGGCUUGUUGGCCCGCUGUGCAGAUGGCAAGUUCCUGAGCUUCGCGGAGGAGAUCGUGCGCUUUGUACGCGCCGGUGGUGCAGGUGCUGGAAUGAGCAUCGCAGUCUACAGCGGCUUGAUGAAAGUCUAUGCCUAUAGUGGAAUGUAUGGUAAGGCAUGUGAUUUGUACGAUCAGAUUCGCGCAGAUGGACUGGAACCUGAUACCAUGAUGUACGGCUGCCUCAUGAAGUUCUCGGUGGAAUGUGGACGGACUGCCUUGUCGCAAGAACUUUCAGAGAAGCUCUCCGUCUUGGACAUCCAGAACUAUAUGUCCCUCAUCAAGGCAGCCGGGCGGGACCGAGAUGUUGACCGAGCAUUCUCCAUCAUCCAGCGCUUGAGGGAGAACAACGUGAAGCCUGAUGCUAUUGCCUUCAAUUGUGUCCUCGAUGUUUGCGUGAAAGCUGGCGAUCUCAAACGUGCCAGACAGCUUGUCCAGGAGAUGCAGGACCUUGAGCUGCUCGACAUCAUCACGUACAACACGCUCUUGAAAGGAUACUGCAGCAAAGGGGACAUCAAGGGUGCCAAGGAUCUUUUGACGGAGAUGUCCACCGCUGGCUAUGAGCCAAAUGACGUCUCAUACAACUGUAUCCUAAAUGCAGCUGUGAACAGUGGCAACUUUGAAGAUGCAUGGGACACCAUUGCCAAAAUGGAGCAAAUGAAUGUGAAGCCUGACCACUACACAGUCUCCAUCAUGCUGAAGGCCCUGAAGCGAGCCAAGGGUGCCAAGGACGUGAACCGCUGCUUGAGCUUCUUGGAUCGCUCCAGCAUUGACCCGUGCUCCGACGAGAUUCUGAUGAACACCGUGCUGGAGACUUACAUCCGCCACAAGGAACACAGGCGCCUGGAAAGUCUCCUCAACAAGUUUGAGCAGUCCAGUUUGCGGCCUUCAGUCCCCACGUAUGGAUCCAUCAUCAAGGCAUAUGCCAAUUUGAAGCGCCCAGACAAGUGCUGGCAUUUCUGGAAUGAGAUGCAGGGUCAGCGUGGCUUGGAGCCCAAUGACAUCGUCUUUGGCUGCAUGUUGGAUGCUCUCGUUUGCAACGGACAAGUGGAUGAAGCUGUGAAGCUUUUUGAGAGUAGCAACUUGAAGCCCAAUGCCGUUUUGUGCUCCAUUCUGGUCAAGGGCUUCACCACCACUGGACAAACGCAAAAAGCCAUGUCUCUUUGGCACGAGAUGCGUCAGAAGGGUGUGAAGAUGAACACAGCAGCUUGCAAUGCCUUCGUUGAUGCCCAAGCACGUGUGGGGAACAUGGAUGAAGUGUUGUUGAUUGUGGAGGCUAUGGCUGAAGAUGGUUGCAAACCAGAUGGUAUCACCCACUCCACCAUCGUGAAGGGCUAUGCAGUGAAAGGUGAUCUUGAUAAGGCCAUGGAAGUCUUGCGCAGCAUGCAAGAGAGUGGCGUUUAUCACGAUGCCAUCGUCUACAACACCAUCCUGGAUGGCUGCACCAAGCACAAGAGAGCCGACUUGGUGGACCCCAUUCUCGAGAGCAUGGAAGCACACAAAAUCGCACCAACGAACUUUACCUUGGGUAUCCUGGUGAAGUUCUACAGCCGCCAGAAGCAGCUGGACAAGGCCUUCUCUUGCAUGAGCACACUGCCGAAGCGUGGGAAUUUCGUGCCCAAUUGCCAAGUCUGGUCUUGCUUGAUGGGUGCCUGCUUGAUGAACGGAAGCCCAUCGAAAGCUCUCCAAGUCUUCACCAACAUGCGUGCUGCAGGUCAGAGUGCCGACACUCGAGCCUGCACUUCGUUGGUCUCCGGUCUGGUGCGCAUGGGCCAACUGAGGAAUGCCGUCCAAGUGGUCGACGAAGUCUUUGGCCUCAACGGUACCACACGAAUGGGUCACGGCGUCACCAUCGAGCAGGAUUGCUUGGAGAGUUUGCUGGCUGCCCUGGUGCACAAGGGAUUGCGUGAAGAGAUGGCCGCACCUCUCUUGGAGCGGCUUCGUGCUGCGCAGGUUCCCAUCAGCGGACGUUUGAUGGUGGCGACCCUCGGUGAUGCGUCGCCGGAUCGUCCCGAGCAUCGUCGCUCCAAGCACGAGCGUUGA